AUGACCGGAUCGUCGCGACAGCAACACUUGCAGAAACUAUGGUUGAAAUCUAAAAGCCAUCACUGGCCACGAUGCAACACUUUUCUAAGGAAGUACGUCCCAUCGUCGACGGGAGGACCCACCUCUUACCUUUUCGUGUCCCCACAGAUGUGGCGAGAAGCAACUACCAUACCGGAAGCUUCUCGUGUGCAUUUAAGAGGUACCCCUCCUGCUGGAAAGCGGGAACUUUUCUUUGAAAUUUUUGUUCUACUGUAUGCCGUGCUUGUGAAUCUUAUGGAAAUUAUGGAUGGAAUAGACGACGAAAAUACUUUCUUGUUAGAUGUUGAAUUACAUUCUGAUACAGAUACAGAUAUUUCUUCUAAUUAUUUGGAUUAUUCCUCAGAUGACUCGUGCAGUGAGCUCAGCUCUGAUGAAGAUUUGAGUUCUGCAAGAAUUUUUACCGAGGUUGAUGUGAAAACUCCACCUGUUCCGUGUCCUCGAUUUAAAUUUUCUGGUAUUCCCUCUGUGCACGUACAAUUUGACGGCACUUCUGAUGUUCAACAAUUUUAUGAAACAUUCAUUGAUUUUUCACUCAUGAGUAAAAUUGUGGAAGAGACAAAUAAAUAUUCUAAACAGUGCAUCCAAUCCAGUGUUGCAACACAAUUCUUAAAGAGUAAAUUUUGGGUAGAAACUACUGUGGAAGAGUUGCAUGUAUUUUUUGCUCUCAAUAUACUUCAAGGAAUUGUAAAGAAACCUGGAAUUGAUCAUUAUUGGACAUUUGACCCACAAAAUCACGAAUGCCAAAAAUUAGUAAAGGUUUGGCCAGUUCUGAAACAUCUUAAUGAGAAAUUUAGUGAAACGGUGACACCAGAGCGUGAUGUAACAAUAGAUGAGAGCCUUAUGCUCUUCAAAGGACGACUAGGAUGGAAACAAUUUAUUCCACUCAAAAGAGCUAGAUUUGGAGUAAAAUGUUUUAUGUUGUGUGAAUCUAUUUCUGGUUAUGCCUGGUCAAUAAUAAUAUAUACAGGUAAAGACACUAUUCUGAAACCUGAGUAUUCUAAACUCUGCUUUUCAUCACAAAUUUUCCUGACAAUGAUGGAACCUUUGCUUCAUAAAGGAUACUGUCUUACAAUAGACAAUUAUGAUUCUUCGCCGGAAUUAGCAGACAAACUUGUUUCAUGUUGA